AGCGCAUACUUGAUUGUAGGCAUAAAGUUAUGAUAUUAGUUUUAAGGUGAAUAUCGCCAGGUUCGGAUUAAAAAACGAAAUCGCAAGACGGUGAACUAGAAGUCUAAGGAGUGAAUUUAAAUUAAGAUGCGGAUCUUUUCUCCCUUAAGACUUCCCUUUGUUGGGAUUCUUUUGAUCCUUAUAGCAAUUUUGACACCACAACAUGUGAAUGCGGACAGUAAUUCGAUGGACCCGGUGGAACAAGAAUUAGAAGAGGGUAAAUCAGCAUGUGAACAGACGGACACGUCUGAAUAUUUCACAUGCAUCGGUACCUAUAAUGAGAAAUUGAAAAAACGAGAUGUUAUAACAAUGAAGGAUUUGGAAGCGUGUGCAGCCACUCGAAAGGAUUGUUUGCAAAAGUGUAAUAAUUAUAAGAAACGAAAUGUUGCUUGCGACAUUAAUGCAUGUCCAAUAUGUCCUACCGUGCAGUUGGUAGAAGGUCAGCGAAAGAUCAUAGUUGAAGGAGAAGACAAAGCCUAUAAAUAUGAAAUGCCUAUCAUGCCAGGACAAAAUAUCACUACAAUUAUUAAGCUGACCAACGUGAUAAACAACACGAAUGUUGUCGACAUUCCAACAAAUAUUAAUUCCACAAAUGUGAACAAUAUUUACAUUUAUAACAAUGAAACCUCGGAGACCGGUGGAGAUUAUGGACUUGGUUAUACCAAAACUGGCUCCUGCUGUCUGGCUGUUCAACCGAGAACAUGCAGAACUACUUCAGCUGGAAUCCGGUGUCAUCACAAGAGGCAUAAGACCUGCGGCCCCCAGUGCACGUCUCGAAUUAUCCACGUACAGAACAGGCAAAGGUGUAGUCGAUCGACAGGAUGUCAGCAGAGAAUUGGUUACGUUCCUCAACCACGUCAUCCACGAUGUGUCUAUACUCCAGAGUGGCCGCAUGUGUCCUGCGGUGGAAACUAUCAGCAAGACUGUGAUGGCUGUUACGACCACUAUGGAUAUGGUGCUGCAAAUUACUACAGUGGGGGUCGCCAUCCGCGACAUUGCACUGGUUGCUAUGAUGAUGCCUUUGAUAUGGGCCCAAGAUACCGACGAGGUCCAGUUUUCCAGCCUUUCCAUUAUCAUCAACCCCCAUGCUAUUUAACCGGAAUGUGUGGGAUGCCUAUGUGUAAUUACUACGGAUGCUUUGGCAAUGAAUACAUCGAUCCUGCAUUCGGGUAUCCUAUGUACGGCUCUGCUCAAUAUGCUUAUCCCUACCAAAAUGAAUUCUACGAUGAUUUGGAAUUUACAAACGAAAUAGAAAAAAGUGAACAAAAUCAAUCAAAUCCCAUCGAGAAUGAUAUCAGGGAAUCAUGGGGUGUUGAGGUUUAUAAGUGCAAGGUAGUAGGCGACGAUGGAGCCAUACAAAUCAGGAACUGUACUAGUGACGAACUCAAAGGAAAUCCUUUUGCCGCUUCGCCCUCCGAUUACGUUUACUAUCCACCACAACCUAAUGAGAGUCCAGAUUAUCUACUUGAUCCUCUGUCAAAUGCAGUGCCUUAUGCAAAAAGAUCAUCUGAAAAAGGAUAUCAUUAUGCAAACCUUCGACAAGACUCUAUCUUUGAUGACUACAUGAGUGACGAAGAUGCUUAUGAGAGGCCAAGACGGAAAGCCAUUCACAGGAGCAGAAAAAAUAGUCACAAAAAAAGAAGGGCGCAAAUUGUUUAUGACGACGAAGGAGCAAGUUCCCAAUAGAGUCCUUUAUUUGUAUUGCUAGCAUGCAGCAGAGGGGAACUUUCAAUUCGCAUUAAAUUAAAGUUAGUUUAUUGUACUGCCUGAAAUAGUUUUAUAAUAAAUAGUAAUCCUGAAUAGA